AUGGGAAAGUCCAGUUCCGGUCGGCCAAGGGCUGGCUCAGAAACCUCAGCACCAUCUGAGAAACGUCGCGACAGCAAGCGCGAUUCCACCACCUCUUCUCGACGUAAAUUAAGUCGUCGUGACGAUUAUGUUGAUGAACACUACGAUGCGACGGUCACUUCUUCCCGUGUCGCUCCCUCCACUUAUGUUACUGCCUUUACUGCAGAGCCGUCCUCGAUCGAUGCGGUGCAAGAAACCCCAUCUAAAUACAACGAUCGCGACCGAUAUGAUAAUUCCCGUGGCUCUCGAGACGACACCCCGUCGAAAUACCGGCCCAGCAAGGGUAGUGCAGAGAAUGAUGGGCAGAAUAGCAAGUCCGAAAGAGACAAUGGUCGUGAUCGUCGUGAUUCUCGAAGGUCUGGUCGUUCAGAUGAUAGAACUAGUGCUCGGGCUUCGGACAACCACGAUGCGUCACUCCCACAAAACCAAUUCCCGGGCGAAAUGCCUUUAACUUACACUCAGCCAUACCGUCCUCCAGGCCAAGCCUCCAGCUACUAUGGCGAUCAAGGAGAGUCGGUCUCCUUUCAACCAGGCGUCCGCCCCAUUCAACCAAGCAUUGUUACCAAUGCUGAACAGGCGCAUUUGAUGGAACCUACCAUUGACGCCCGACCACCCGCAGAACCAAGCAGUUUAGGUCAAGUAGGAGCUGCUGCAGGUUAUUUCGGCAACUCUGGCUUCGCGAAUGACUCCGGUGUUCAAUCGACCCCCUCAAAACCAUCCCAGCGGCUAGAUCACAACCGCCCAGACCAAUCUGGUGGGUUUGAUACUAGUCCAAGAGCAAGCCCUUCACCAGGCGGAUAUCAAGAUAGGCCGUCACAACAAGCCUCGGGUGGCGGAGCUCAUUUCGCUCCACCAACGGCGGCAGAGUAUUACUCAGGUUCGGCAUUUCAAACGCCACCACGAUUGCCACAGGGAUCUUUCGAAGGAUCGGGACCAUACUCUGCCCCGGCAGGUGCAGGUGCGUCUUUUGCAAACUCGAAUGUACCUCUUUAUGGAGCCGCCGGCAUGGCAGCCGGAGCUGCGUAUUUGCAUCAUCACAAUAAUCAGCAGUCCCAUUGGCCUUCUGGAAUGAGCAAUGCCGGGCCAUAUUCGAGUGGACCAACUCAAAUGCAACAUAGACACGAGCACAAACACAAACAUCGCAGUCCACUGGGUAAAUUUGUUGACUGGUUUCGUGAUCCCAAGGCCGUGGCCGAAUAUGAGCAGUAUACGGAAGCCAUCGGAGUCUGUAAAUACUGUUUUGAUCCCAUGAGCUCGCCAGCAGAUGCCCCUCGUAGGCAUCACUAUCGUCCCAAAAGAACAUCUUCUGGAAGCCGAUAUGGCAGUUCAACCCGUGUCGACAAAACUUAUCGCUAUUCAUCGGAUGAGGAGAGGAAGCGACGUUCUGGAGCCAAAAAGGUGGUAGCUGGUGGAUUGGCUGGCUAUGGGGCCGCCAAGGUCGGGAAUGCUAUACUCAAAGCAAAUCACGAUUUUGAUGACACCUACUCUGUUAAGUCUGGAAGGCCAUUUACCGCCAGCCGUGUCAGCUUCCAGGGCGAAGAAAUGAGAUCCACGAGCAAGUCCAAACAACGCUACUCUUCCACCGAAGAUCUUCGAGGAUCACACGAGAAACGUAGGGAGUCUCACUCCAAUGAAGCCACCCGCCGCCGAGACAAGCAUAGCUCACGUCGACGUGAAUCAAGCUCUUCAUCUUCAUCACACGGCAUCUCCCGAGGUGUUGCUCUGAGCACUGGAAUCGGAGCCGCUGGGCUUGCUAUGGGAGCGGCCGCUCUCAAUAAAAAAUCACGACGAGACAGUAGAGACCGGAGCCGAAGCCGAAGUCCGCCCUCGAGAAAGAAGUACUAUUCGAAACGCGUUUCUCCAAUGCAUUCUUAUGUUGAUCUAUCAACCACAAAUUCCGGACCCACUAGCGUUGCAGGGUUCUUUACAAGUCCGUCAGCCAACAAGAAAAAGGGGAAGAAGCCCAAAGGAUUUUUCACUUUCUCGAAUGGAUCCAGUUCAUCUUCAGAUGCAGAUUUGGCUUAUGGUGCCGGCACGGUACGGACGAAGAGAUCAAGUCGUCGUCUAUCAGCAUCACAUGACCGAAACAAGCAGUAUGCAUCAGCCGCAGGUAUGAUGGGUUUAGUAAAACUGGGGAAUGACUUGGCCAGCGAGAGUGAUAGACGGGGGCACAAAGGUAAGCGGGUAAGUGAUGCUCACAGUAAAGUAGGUCCAGACAGUCGGUUCUCGAGUAACGGAUUCUACAUGCAAGAUCAAGCACAAAUCCCGACCAUAGGCCAAGAUGAAGAGUGGUAUGACACAGACGAUUCUGAUGGUGGCCUUGUCUAUGGUAGCGGUACCUCUUUAUUACCACGCCGAGAACCCGGUCCACAACCACCUCGCUAUCCUUCAGACCAUUACCAAAGGGCUCAAGCGGGCGGAAAUGACUCUUCCAGACGUCAGAGUGCAUCCUACAAUCAGUCCCAGAAUGGAGAUCCCAAGAAGUUUACGGCCAGUUUCGAAACUACAGAGACUGCCCCUGCUAUGGACUUCACUGGCAAGCCUCCACCUAUGCAAGAGUUGGAGCCACGCCCAAUAUCGAACGAUGCGUCUUUCGAUACUCGCAGAUCCCGACGCGAUUCAUACCACAAUGGCCAGCAAUACCAAACUUCGUCAAGUUCUGUGCCUCUUCACCAACCUCAACCAGUUCCCAUCAUCCCAUUCAUAAAUCAAUCGAUGAACACAUCACUCAGCCAAGGGACGGGGUCAACAGAUUACCGCAGAACAAAGCCCUUGUUGGAGAAUAUGGGGGCUAAUCGAAACAUUGGCUCUGAGCCGUCCGAUAGACGUAGUUCAAGGCGCUCUCGACGUGACUCAAGCCCUGCCAAACUGCUAUCCCAGGAUCCCAAGAACAAUGUCAGCUUCGAUUUAAGCAACGAGCAACUCGACAACGAACGGAAAUCAAGCAAGAAAGACGAUGCGCGAGAGAGCAGGCGUGAUAAGAAGGAUCGACGCAAGUCUGCCGACGCCGCGCUUGUGUUGGGUGCUGGAGCUCUCAUUGCCGGCGCUCUCGCUAAGGACCAGAUGUCAGACAAGGGGAAAUCUUCCGAUUCUGUCCGCGAUGCUCCUUCUCAGGCGUCCACGCGAGAAGCUGACAUAGACCGCCAGCUCCAGGCUCUGUAUGAUGAGAAACGUCGUCAAGAAGAACAUAAGCGUACGCUGGAACGGUUGGAGCAGGGAAACAAAUCGACAACGUCAGGAAAACCAACCGGUCCGGAACUCGUUAAGAGAAGCAGUUCCAGUGAGGAUUCGAGUCGUCCCCGACGCAAAUCGAGCCUCAAGAAAAACAACGCACGCGAAGUCUCGCCUACUUCGGACACACAGCAGGAACGCAUCGCGCGUAUGGCUGCUCAGCGCGUGAAAUCAACACCCUCCCCUGUUCACGAAGACUAUGGCAACUUCUUCGUUCCUCAAGAACUUGUUGAACAUCUCAAGGAGCAUAAUGAGAAGGCGGAGCAUCGAGAUGAUGUUGAGCCCAAUGUCGUCGAAAUUGUCCCUGGGGCAUCAAAGUCCAAGGGACGAAAUCCUUUCGAUCCUUUCCUCUACCGUCCAUUUGGACUAGAUGUGGAUGAUGAUCCUAGUUUACACCCUUGGCCUGUUCCGAUGUUGGGACUCGUUGAACCCACUCCUCCAGGCAGUCGGGCUCACAGUGAUCGUGGAGACAUAACACCCGUGGCGCGACCGUCUUCUGUUGAACCUCCGCAUGAUGAGGGUGAACCGCUCGAAAGAAAAGCUAGCAACGGAACCAAAGUGACCUGGGGUGAUCAUGAUACCUACGUGUACGAAGUUCAAACCCCAGAAUAUGAAAGAUCCGACUAUAUCCCUGACCACAAAGAGGCCGGCCGUAAGGACGACUCGAAGCGAGAGGAGCCCAAGAUUUCGCACGGCGAGAAUUCUACUGAACAACGUCCUAAGGCUGGUCGCACAUGGACUCUGGAUGAGACUGAAGCCGAAUUGUUGGAACGGGAAGUUCCCAGCGUGUCUGAACGUCCACACGUCAGUCGUGCAUGGACUGUCGAUGACAAGGAGGCUGAUCAAAUCGAACAUCCAGCAAGAUCAUCGCAUGCAGAUGUUCUUGAUGACGUGACACCUCAAGUUGUUGAGAUCAGGCCCAGACAAGUUGAAGCCUCUCCUUCACGUGACGCGAAACCAACCCAGCUGGAUACUGCAAACGCUUCUCCACGUGCGGAAGAAGGUGCCGAGCCUCUCAGAGAGGUAUAUCAGAGCCCUUUUGCGGAGACUGCGAGUGAUCUCGGUUUAUCAGACGAGCAGCGCCACCUUCCAGAUUCACCUGAUGGGAGGAUGUCGCUGGGAAUGUCGGACUUGCAAGAUAAGCCACAAGACGCGGACACCGACUUCCCAGAUGUCAGAUCGAGUAAGAGCGAGAAGCGUCGACGUGAGCGUGCAUCUUCCUCCAUUGAAACAGCCGAUGAGCAUUCGACGUUUUCCACCAACCCACGCGAGAACGCUACAGCCCCUUCAGAUCGUGAAAGUGUCUUUGAUUUCCUCGUUGAGGAUGGCGGAAAGUCGGUAGCAGCUGCUGCGGCAAUUGGUCUGGGUGCUGCUGCGAUUUCUGCUGCUCAUCAGUCAAGUAAGGAACCAUCACAACAUACCAGUGAUCGCAAUAUAGAUCUGGAUGACGAUGUUGUCGGAAAUCGGGCCGGUGUCAAGAGAUCUAGCACGUUUGACGACUCUCAGUUGCAGCGCCAGCCGCACUCGAGUUCUAGGUCUGAUCCACAAUCUGAUCCUGAAGACUGGGAGCGUUCACGAACUUCCAAGAACGCCAAAGGAACCAAACGCUCGGCGCAGAGCGACGUUGGACUCGGUGGCAAGGGGUCUAGCGAAUCCAAAGAUGAGGUCCGUCCCGAUGAUUUGUUGUUCGAGAAGCCUCGAAGAUCUCACACUGAGAGCGAAAUCGGGGAUGAUUUUGACACAAAGUCUUCGGCCAGUGGCCGCAAGCGGAAGAGCAAGCGUUCUGAGAGAUCCAACGGUCAAUCCCGUGAAGAUUCUGCUUCAAGAGUUGAAGAUGCUGAAAAACCUAGACGGAAAUCGAAACGAGAUUCUCAAAUUUUUGAUGAUGGCGAUGUGCAAUCAGUAGUCAGCAGCCCUGCAGACUUGGACAAGUAUAGCAAGGAGAAGGAUAAGAAGUCGUCUGGCGGCUUUUUCAGCAACAUCUUCUCCAGCAAUAAAAGCGACGUCAGCACAAGCAGCAAGCGAAGCUCGAAAUCAUCCAAAUCCGAAUCUCGUGCAGAACGACCCCGUGAGGAGGGAUCAGAAUCACGGAAGAAGCACAGGUCCAAGGAUCGAGAUCUAGAUGACGCCGCAACUGCAGUCUCAGAACCAUUACGAAGUUCAAAGCGAAGUUCUGAACGUCCUCGUAAGGACAAGUCUGAGAAGACAUAUUCCAGAGAUGAAAGUCUAGAUGAUGGCUUCGUAUCUGCCGAGGAGUCCACUGAGGUGCCAGCCUUUGAUGACGGAGACGAGAAAUCUUUUUUAGGGAAGCGCCCCGAAAUGCCACAACCAACGGACAUAGCUAUGCCAAUGGAUACUGAUGGUGUCUCGGGGCUAGCGUCCGGAAGAAUAUCGUCCAAGACACCCAGAGCAACUGAUGCCUUUUCACCUGAUACUCGAACAGGUGAUGAUUUUGAAGCGUUUGUUGCUCGGAAUCUCAACGUUGAGGGUGCCUCGGAUUUGCCCUCGAAACCGAGUGCUGCUCGUCGAAGGCUUUCAGCAAUUCAAACACGAGAGCCUGAGUCAAACCCAACCACACCUGGCUUUCCAACAGCCACUAGUGUUCCAGUGCACUUUCGUAUCCCAGCGUCGUCUCCAAUUGCACCACGCUUUUCCAUGAGCUCUCCCAUCGCUUCUCCUGCUUCCCCACUCACCACGCCUCGAACGCGGCAAGGUCGACCCAAAUCAACGGAAUUCGCUGGUAAGAACAUUCGACCUCUGUACCUAGUGGAAGCGUCGAAUCCCUCCAAGAAUGCAUUACCAGAUACUAGUGAUUAUCCCCCUCUACCUCCCAGCAUAGCGAGCUCUUCGCAUCCUUCAACGGAGGACCUCCGUGCAGAAGCCCAGGCACAAGAACAACUAGAGCUAUUUACACCCUCCCGCUUGACAGCUGAUAAGUUUCGCGACCAAGCAAGGAGACAAAGUUAUUCCUACUGGCAUGAUGGAGAGCAAAGACGUCGUUCACCAGACUAUCUUGACUCGAGAUCGGCUACGCCUGUGCCAGGGGAAGCACAGCGGGCCAGAGAUCGUGAGAUUAAACCCAAGCCGAAGUACGAAUUCCAUUCUCCCAGUGAACUGUUACAAGACCCGUCCCUGCUAUACGGAGACGGAGAUAUGGAAGAUGAUCGACCCGGCAGUCCCCUUCCCAGCGUGGUCAGCACUGACUUGGACUACAUGAGUGCACGAAGUAGGAGUUUAUCACCGCCGUCGCGAGCUAGAAGUUUAAGUAGGGGACGCCGCAGUGCUUCAGGCUCACGGUCAACCUCUGUCUCCUGGCAAGAUGCUGUGUCCACAGUCGCUGCGGGUGCGUUGGUCGGGUCUGCGCUUGGUUAUGUUGCACAUGAAGCUCUCAAUGAGUCAUCGUUCACAGUCCCCGAACGUGAUGUAUCAGCGGUGCGUAGGCAUCUAGAUACAGAAUCAGUACAGCGGCAAGAAUCACUUGACUCCACCGCCCACCGUGGGAGGCCAGCAGAAAGACGGCUUGAAAUCAACGAUCUACCUACCAGCACCGCUGUGGAUAUGCAAGACGAGCCCCUCGACCAAGAUACUGAGGUGGAAAUGCCUUAUAGCGACGCAGAUGCUCGUACAACCAGUGUUGCGGCUACCAAGACCUCGAAAAAGACCAAGAAGGACAAGAAGAAGCAGAAACGUCAGCAACUGACCUCGACGCUCAGCGAUGAUUUGCUACCGUCGUCUGAAGAUCCUGCGCAAAUAACCUCUAAGAUGCCUGAAGCUUCGUCUAGGUCUGAUUCAAUGGCUCAUGAGCUGCAAUCCUCUGAACUGCAUGAUGAAACCCAGGUCACUGCCCGUGAUUUGUCUGCCCUUGUUGACCGAGAAGUGGAGGGUAUGGAGGGCCUGUCCAGGACCGAUAAGAUCGAUGACUUCCAAAAUCAGAGCAAUAUGCAUGAAAACACGAAUGCUCCUGGUCUUGGGCAUUAUGAUGAUCCUUCUUUGAAAGACAGCGCUCAAUCUCUGAGUCAAUCUCCCAGUCAGAGGCCACAUACUGAGUUGUCCCCUUUCGAGCAAGCACUAGAAGCGGCUGUCCAUGCGAGAGGCCUCAGCCAAGGCACAACCAUGGAGGUGGCACACGACGCGUUUCUACCAGAUGCGCCGACUGAUUUGCCUGACAAUGGUGGAACAUCUUUGACCACCAUUGAAGAAGAGAACGAAUCUGUCAGUCCAGCCGUGCAGAUGAACAAGGCUGUCCCUGAGCGCAAAAACUCCAAAAAGUCCAAGCGGAAGGAUAAAAAGUCCCUUGAUUGGGAACCUGCUUCGGAAACCCAAGAGGCCGAAGCCGUCUUCGGACAGACUCCAUCUGAUCAGCCAAAAUCCGCUGAGCCAGAAAGCUUUGCCCAAGAGCGAGAUUCGACUCCAAAUCCCUUCGGCAAUGAUUUUGUGGUGACGGAUGAGGAUGUUAUCACUUCAACUCCGCCGAGAAUUGAGAUUCCAGAUUCUAGCGUCUCAGCAAGUGAACUAAUGGCGAAUACAGAUUCUUUAAGCGGUUUAGCCCAUGAUCCAAAGACAAGCCAGGAAGUUGAUGACUGGCCUACGCCUACAACCAAGAAAGGCAAGAAGGACAAGAAAGGCAGAAAAGGACAAUCAUUAAAUCCGGAGGAGUCAGCGGAAAUGGCUGUACCUACCGAACCUCAGUCUCCUACCGUUGCUAUGCCCAACGUGGAACAUAAAUCAACAAGUGGAGAGCAGGCACUAGUCGAGUCUCACUCUGCAGAUCCAAUGCUAGUAGAUCCAAUGCUAGUCGACUCGGAACAAACCAGCACGCAAAAUGAUCAAGUACGCCUGGAUGACACUUUCGUCCAGGACAAAAAUGAGGAAGCACCAGCCUCUGAGAACGCAGAUGAUACAUGGGACACUGGCGCGAAGAAAUCCAAGAAGUCUAAGAAAGGCAAGCGCAAAAGUCUUACUUGGGCAGAUGAGGAAAACCUCACGAGCUUCGCGGCGGCUCCUACUGAAGACGCAUUUCCUAGCGCCACAGAUCCUGUUCUCGAUGCCGCUCAAUCCGGACAAGCCAUUGUCCCCGCCAGCCAAGAAAAGAAGAUCAUCGCUGAGCAACCCAAAGAGCUACGAGAAGAAUCAGAGGUACGGGCACCGACUUCGACAAAUGAUAGCUCUCGAGUCACACCAGAGGAGCCGGAGUUCGACGAUUUCUACUCCACCAAAUCCACGAAAAAGUCAAAGAAGAAGCAGAAGAAACGCGACUCUGAUGCUCUCGUUGCAGGUGCUGCCAUGGGUGCGGUCGGCGCUCUCGCUCUCGGUCCACUUCAUACGGGUGGGCCUGAUGCCGAUCAGGCUGUGACUGUGACAGCAGACGCGCCGAUGAUCACUAUCACUCCUGAUCAUAAGUCAUCCAAUUCUGGCGUCACUCAAGAUCUUCCCGCGAGAGAUGACAAUGAGGGCACAUCAGUCCGAGAAGUCGUAGAUUUCUCGAAUUCUACAGAAUCGUUGUCAACCUCACCAACACUUCUUCCUUCUGCGGAUGACGGUACAUCAGAGCCCUUGCGGAGUUUUGACUCGGAGGUGCAACCACCAGCAGAACUCCCAAAGGCCUCCUUAGACCAAGUGUCUGAAGAUUUGUUUCCCCUUGUAGGCAAGAAGUCCAAGAAAGACAAGAAAAAGAUGCGGCAGAGCACAAUCGACGAAUUCAGCACAGAGCCCAUUGCAGACACGGCUUCCUAUGCGAUAGUGGAUAGUAAACCAAACGAGGAAGACAAUGUGAUCGACGCGUCGGAAUUGACCCCUCAAUCAUCACAACUGCAAGAUCCAGAAGCUGAACAACCAGAAACCCAGGAAGUGGCUGAUGACUUUGGCUUCGCUGACAAAAAGAUGUCGAAGAAAGACAAGAAAAAGAAACAUCAAUCUACGUUUGAGCCUGAAACUGAUGUCUUUGAAGAUGCCGUCUCCAGUCCCGUGCCAGACGAUGUUCCCAUUGAAACGGAGGCGGUCACUGGGCCUUCUGAUUCUAUUCAGCGAAUGCUAGAACUUCAAGACUCGGCGCCUGCGCAAGAGGAAGUGCAGGAGGCAGCUGACAACUCCGGUUUUAUUGAUAAGAAGAAGGCAAAGAAAGACAAGAAAAAGAAGCGCCAGUCCACCUUUGACGAGCCUGAUGCGAAUGUAGAUGAGAAGGUCACAUCUACCUCUGUAGCAGAGACUGAAUUUAUCGACAAGGUUGAUGACAACCAAAAUGCUGAGUUGAGCACUCUCCCUACUGCAACUGGAAAUCAGGAAGAGAUCGAGGAUUUCGGAAUUCUUGAUAAAAAGAAGUCGAAGAAAGACAAGAGGAAACAACGUCAUGCGACAUUUGACGAACCCGAGGAGAAUGCAGCUGAUGUAGUUGUGCCCACUUCGGCGGCGGAGGGCGAAUCCAUUGCCAAGGUUGACGAUAUCGAGGCUGAGGCACCGAGCACAUUACUUACUGAAAACCAGGACGAAGCUGUCGAGGAUUUUGGUUUCGUGGAUAAGAAGAAGUCAAAGAAGGACAAGAAAAAGAAACGCCAGUCCACGUUCGAUGCCUUUGAAAUACCAUCAGAAACCAUCACGAGUACGCCAGCAGCACAAGAUGCAGAGCUUCCAGCUGUAUCAAGAACCAACUCAACCCAUCCUGAUCCUGUGGCCUUUGUUGAUGAAUUAGCACCCAUUGGAAAGCAAUCAAAGAAGGACAAGAAGAAAAAGCGAGCGUCUGCUGUGCAAUUCGCCAGUCCCGAACAACUACCCACCUCGGCUGGUGUCGAUGACUUGCGCUCUCCUGGCGCUUUUGAUCUCAACGAUGAAGCUAUACCUACUGGCGAAGAACCGCAAGCAUUCCAGUCUGAACCUCGUGGUCGAGACGAUCAUUCCAUACCCGAAGACAGCGCUCCUGUGACAUCAUCAGACGAUUCAAGAGCAGUCGAGCCCACCGUUGUUGAGACCUCUAUGGUCGAGCCUUUGCCCGAGGCUUCUGUAGAUGAGACUCCAACAAGGGUACCUGCUUCCGAUGACGCUCAAGAUGUCACAGAUGCGCUCGGGUAUUUGAGAGAUGAUCAUGCUUUGAGAACGGGUGACUAUCCUGUAGUUGAUACUCCUGCGGUUGAGAUCCCUACAAGUGUCCCUGUUCCUGACAAUGCUCAAGAUGUGACGGCCGCCUCCAAAGGCAUGGAAGGAGAAGCGACUCCACAGGAAGCUGCAAGCGAGAUCUCUGGUGAGCAGGAACCAACCAUCGGAGUCUCUGAUAUCGUGGCUGUUCCUAAAGGCUCCUCCUCCGAGACCGACCAGCCAAGUGCCGAUGUUUCGACCAACGAACUAAAUGUGACUGAUGAUACGAUAGCCGCACCGAAAGAUCUGGGUGACAAUGCACCAGACGAAUGGGAGCCCACACCCAAAAAGUCGAAAAAGGAUAAGAGAAAGAAGAAACAGAAUGCUCUAGAUGACAGCGCGGAGGGCGCAACAAUAUUAGAGGACAAGUCGACAAGUUUAGCAAAAGACUCGACGUCUGAGCCGGCAGCAUCCUUAUUUACGGAUCAAAGUGGUCUACUCGACACUCCCAUCAUUGCUGCCACUGUCGCGAUGGCCAGUCAUGACCAAAAGAUCGAGGACGACGAGUGGAAUUCAUCAACGAAGAAGUCCAAGAAGGACAAGAAAAAGAAACGUCAAUCUGCUCUGACAAGCCCGCCUGACGAACUAGAUGUAACAUACAACGAUGCUGCCGACAAACCUGAUGAGCUUCCUGCCGCCCAACUAAUGCCUGCCGAGGUCAGCUCAACAGAAGCCCCUGCUGAAGCAGAAUCGACAGCGGGACCUGAAGCUGCAGAGGACGAGGAAUGGGGAUACUCGUCGAAAAAACUCAAGAAAGACAAGAAGAAAAAGCGUCAAUCUCUGCUCUCUACGCCUCCCAAUGAGCAGGAGGUCCCGACAAGUGAUACUAUCGACAAGUUUGAACUUCUCUCAACUGAACCUACUAUUGCUCCUUCACCCGAACCACUAGAUCCUUCAGCUGAUGGGUCGGUUGAAAAAAAUCCCCUGAAACAACCUGAAGUUGCAGAGGAAGGUGACUGGGGAUUCACGUCAAAGAAAUCCAAGAAGGAUAAGAAGAAGAAACGCCAGUCUCUUAUGACUACCCCUCCCAACGAAUCUGAACCUACUGCAAUGGGUGAUGACAACACACCCGGUUUUGGAGCUCUACCAACUGAGUCAGAAACCGCAAAAGAGCCUAUCGUUAUGGAAACAUCAUCGGACCGUGCAAUUGCUGGAGAGGCUGUUAUCGAUGUGGUGCCAGAUCCUGAACCUGAGUGGGGAUAUUCGACGAAGAAAUCCAAAAACGACAAGAAGAAGCGUCGAUCUGGUUUCGAAGAUUCAGUUCCAGAUAACGAUGCUCCUGAACCGGAUUCUACGAUAUCAACCAUGCAGGAGCCUGCGCAAAAUCUCGAUGAGGCGGCCAAAACAGCAGAAUCAGUCGAGCCAACACGAGAUCUGGUAUCAGAUGAAUUAUCAAAGGAAUCCGGCACAGUGCCCAACCAGUCACCUGCUGCUGAAGAUGAUGUAUGGCCUGUGAAAUCGAAGAAGUCAAAGAAGGACAAAAGGAAAUCAAAGAUGACUGAUUUUAGUCCUUUCGAAACCGACGGAUCCUCCUUUGCAGCUGAAACUUCUGCGAUGGACACUUCUAGAGGCAUCGAAGAGUCGAUCCUGCAUGAUGAUGCAAUGGCCAUGGCCAUUGCCAUAGGGGAUCCUACGACGGAGUUCAGUAAUGCCAAUCAGGAUCCACUUCCUGCGAACACUUCAUUCGAGAACAAAGUCACCCAGCCUGAGAAUAAUGAAGCUCCAAAUCCUGGGUCUAUCGAACAGGAAACCAUCGGAACAGAUGACCUAGAUAGCUUCUCCAUGAAGAAGUCAAAGAAGGACAAGAAGAAGAAAAAGCGCCAGUCUACCUUCGAUGAUGCUUAUGAUGAACCCGAGAGCACAACGCUAACUGCUGCUGUGCUCGCAACUGACAGAGAACUCCCUAGUCCAUCUACAGAGCUUGAUGUUGCCAAAGUCGCAAGCGAUGGAGAUGUAGCAGAAACAGAAGUCGACACCGGACAGACGGUUGAGGCGGACGAGCAAUCUUCGGCACCAGUGGUUCUAACCAAAACUUCGGAAGACGCUGCAACUGUCGACAAGCCACUGCAAGAUCCCGUGGGUGCAACGGUAGAGACUGAAUUUGAUACCCAGCCAAUUGAAUCAACCUCCAGAGUCAUCGACGCCGAAGCUGAACCUGAUUUCUCAACUUCCUUGAAGAAGUCGAAGAAAGACAAGAAAAAGAAACGAAUCUCAUCCUUUGACGAUGCACUUGAGAAUGUCCAAGACCCCACUCUAGCUAAAGAUAUUGUUGAUGAUCCCGAACCUCUUACGGCAUUCGAUGAGUCUAGGGAAGCCUCGGGGACUGCUGAGGGGACUGCCCUUGAUACUCAAGCAAUGGUGUCUGCGUCAAAAGAGAUCGAUAUUGACGCUGGCCAUGAUUUUUCAACCCCGUCGAAGAAGUCGAAAAAGGAGAAGAAGGAAAAGCGAACGUCCACUUUUGACGACACUUUCGAGGGCGCUGCAUCAGAGCCCAUUGCAUCUGAAGACACUGCAACUGAGCCUCAGCCAGCUCCUAUCUCCGAAGAGCCUCUCAGGGAUCGCACGGACGCACCUAAAGACCCUGCCAUUGAGAUUUACCCUACUGAAGUAGCAACAAGAGAAAUUGAGCCCGAUGCUGACCCUAAGCUUACCACUCUCUCGCAGGAGAAGAAGGAGAAGAGAUUGUCUACCUUUGAUGACGCAUUUGAGGAUGCUGUUGAAGAGCCCAUUGUAUCUGAAGAUAUUGCCAUGCUUGAUGUACAACCAGCCUAUCCAGAGUCCAUGGAGCCCGACGCCGAGGCGGAAUUCACGACUACGUCAAAGAAGUCAAAGAAGGACAAGAAGAAAAAGAGAAUUUCCACUUUCGAUGACACGGCCGAUGUAUCUCCCCAACAGCCCGUUGCUAUAUCUCAAAAUGCUGUUGUUGAUGCUCAAUUGGUCGAAUCAAUUAUCAAGCCUGAAGCCCAGGAUGAGUUCGAAGUUCCAUCAAAAAAAUCGAAGAAGAAUAAGAAGAAAAGAGUUUCUGCUUUUGACGAUCUUGUUGAUGAGCCAACACAAGAUCUCGAGACCUUACCCGAGGUCUUGGCCAGUGAUUUGCAAACUACUGGUGUCGCUACGACUGAUGAACCUACAAAGGAUCUAGAAACUACAGAGGUUCUUGCUGAUGAUGUUGAGACUGCUAAACCAAGCACGACUGAUGAAGCAUCUAUCACACCUGAAGCCGAAGGGGAGACAUUUUCCACUUCAUCCAAAAAGUCGAAGAAAGACAAGAAGAAAAAUAGGAUGCCCGCAUUUGAUGACAGUUUUACGGACACUAUCAAUGAAUCUUCACGAGAUCUGGAAGUUGCACCUGAAACUCUUGCCCCAAAUGCACCAGCUGUUGAACCACUUGCAACUGAUGAUCCAGCCACUGCCGCCGAGCCACAAGAGGACGAAUUUUACACUUCGUCCAAAAAGUCAAAAAAGGGCAAGAAAAAGAAUAGGGCUAUGUUUGAUGACAUGGCCAAGGAACUCGAAGAGCCAGCAGAAGUACCCAAACUCCUUGACGCCGAUACAAAAUCUUCUGAGCCAUUCUUGACUGCCGACCCAACCACAGUUACUGAACCGGAAGAGGAAUUUGUCACUCUCGGCAAGAAGUCGAAAAAGGACAAGAAAAAGCGGAUGUCUACAUUUGAUGAUACGAUCGAGGAACCUCGAGAUCAAAUAGCAACACCUAAAGUCCUUGAAAGUGAUCCUAUAGAGACAUUCGCGACCACUGAACCGACCACAGACCUUAACCCUGAAGAGGAAGACUCCAUGACUUCGUCCAAAAAGUCCAAGAAAGACAAGAAGAAAAAGAGGAUGUCCACGUUUGAUGACAUUGUUGAUGAGCCCGAAGAUGGAGGUUCAGCACACGGAAUCCUUGAUCCUGAUGCGCCAUUAACCGGACCAGAUAUCGUUACUGAAGAGGAUUUUGUCGAAUCGGCGAACAAAUCGAAGAAGGACAAGAAGAAGAAGCGUCAAGCAACCUUCGAUGACACAUUUGAUGAGCCUAAACAAGAAGUGGAAGACCUUGAAACUGCUGCGACUUCAAACGAGCCAACCUCGUUUGCUGACCCUGAGGAUGAGAGUGAGUUUAUCCAAACCUCGAAGAAAUCGAAGAAGGAUAAGAAAAAGAAACGCCAAUCAACCUUCGAUGAGCCACAACAGGACGUCGUAGUACCUGGAGCCCACGAACCUGAUGCCCUCUCUGCCGAGCCAGCCAUGGUCGCUGAACCUGAACCUGAACCUGAAGAUGAGUUUGGAGAGCCAUUGAAGAGGUCAAAAAAGGACAAGAAGAAGCAGCGCCAAUCAACCUUCGAUGAUAUGAUUGACGAGCCUAAGCAAGAGGCCCCAACAACUGAAAUUCUCGACGCUGAUGAUACUAUCUCAGCCGAGCCUGUCUGGCCUACUAAACCUGAAGCUGAUGAUCAGCUUAUCGAACCAUCCAAAAAGUCAAAAAAGGAUAAGAAAAAGAAGCGCCAAUCGACCUUUGACGACACAGUCGAUGAACCAAGCCGAGCUAUAGUUGUCUAUCCUCUUGAGGGUCGCAGCACCGAACCACAAUCAAUCGAGCUGGCUAUAGCUCCCGAGGCAGACGAGGAGUUCACCAUGCCAUCGAAAAAGUCAAAGAAAAAGAAACGCCAGUCAACCUUUGGCGAUAUUCUCGACGAGCCUGGACAAGAUUUAGUCGCUCCGCCAGCGGAAGUCCUUACCACUGAUGACCAACCAGUCGACCCUCCUGUCACUGCUAGGGACGAGGACGAGGCAGACUCUGUUUUCUCAUCCAAAAAUUCAGAGAAGGAUAAGCAAAACAAGGGUCAGCCAGCCAACGAAGAUACCUCGCCUGCCUACCAAGAGCUGCUCACACCCGACUUACAAGAAUCAGCCCCGACUCUUGAGUCAGAGUCACAACGCAUGCAGGGGGUUGAAUUUAAUCCUAAUGGUUCUCAUGGACAAGCCAUGGAUGUGGAUACUUCAGAGCAAAUCAUCGCCACCGAGUGCGACCGACAACCCUCCGAUUCUGCGCCGACCUGGUUGGCAGUGGCGGAUCAUGCAACCGCUGAAGAGUCGUUCGACAUGGUCAACAGCAGUGCCCAAAAUCAAGCUGCUGAAGUGACAAUGACAGAUGUUGGCCAAGUCGAAGAGAGUUUCAACAAUAUCCCUUCCAAGAAUGAUCAAGAAAGUAGGGGAGUGGAAACGCAUGGCACAGAUGCUUCUCUAUUGACUGAUGUACCACACUCUCAGCAACCAGAACUUGGUCAGGAAGCCACUGUAUCCGAAAAUCGUGAUCUGGACGAUGCUGAGGUAAGUCAAGCGGACUGGAACUUCUCUUCCAUAAAGCCCAAGAAAGACAAAAAGAAGCGCCAAUCCACAUUGAACGAGCCUGUGGCAUUUCCAAUCGAGGAAGAUACCUUUACUCUCGCAGCGGCUGCGCAUAGCAAGGCAGUGACAGAAAAAUUUGUCGAUACUGAAGUUUUUCCGAUGUCUUCGAAAAAAUCAAAAAAGGACAAAAAGAAGCGCCAGUCGACUCUCGACGAAACGGUGGCUGACUCAUAUGACAAUGUUACGACUCUUCAAGCAGAUACGCCAAGCAUAGAAGUACCAGAAACACCCGCUGAUGCCGAGCCUGAUUGGGGGCUUUCGUCCAAGAAAUCCAAGAAGGAUAAAAAGAAGCGUCAGUCGACAAUUGAAGCCAUCGAUUCCGAACCUUUUCAAGAAGAUACGCUUACUCCCCAAGCUGAUAUAACCAUGGAGGACACGACAAAGGAGCUUGCCGGUGUUGAUUUCCAAUCCACCAGCUUGCGUAGAGAGCUAGAUCGGGCUCUGGAGCCAGACAACAAGGACAUUGAACACAAUAUCAUUCACACAACGGAGCAUUCCCAGCAUGAGUCCCCUCCCGUUGCUGAACCGCCGAUAGAGGCAGAUGCGAACACGCAACCAGGGCAAAUUGUACCAAAUGAAGAUCGAGAUCGCCUUGAAUCAGUAAUUCGGGGCAAUGAGUUCACUACUGCGACCACUGUGGAGCCAUCCCAGCAUGAGACGUCCAACAAUAUUGGUUUCGAAAUUCCUCAACAGAAGUCGAAGAAAGACAAGAAGAAAACCCGACAGUCUAAGUCUGCGCAGAUUGACUGGGAAGAACCACAACCAGAAUCUGAGGACAUCCGGGACCAGGCAAUCAUUGAAGCAACACAAGAACCAAGGGAGCUUUCUUCUGCUAAUGAGAAGACAACUUUUGAGCACAGCAGGCACGUUGUGCGGCAAGAAUCCUGGGAUGAGAUGGAAGUGGACGAAAGACGAGCUUCCUUGACUAAGCCAGCUGCCUUGAAUGACGAGAGCAUUCAAGAGACAGCAAGGUCUACUUCAGACAACGAUGGUGCAUUCCUGGGCGCGGUGGCUGCUACUGGAGCUGCCGUAGUGCUCGCAUCGGAACUUGCUGCGCCUUCGAAGAAAUCCAAGAAGGACAAGAAGAAAAAGCGGCAAUCUACGCUUGAUGAAGAGGCUUUUGGGGCACCUACAUCCUUCCAGGGACCCUCAACAGAAGACUCCUCGUUCAAAGAUGUUCCGGAUGAGAAUGCACCGGUUCAACACUCUACAUCAAAGGAUAUUCCGCAUGAGAAUAUUUCCAUCCAAGACCCCGUACCUACAGACGACUGGGUCUUUUCUGGAAAGAAGUCGAAAAAGAGCAAGAAGAUGAUGAACAAUUUUGACGACCUUGGAGACAAAAUGCAAACGUCGGGAACAGGUACACCAAGAUCCGCAGAUCAAUUUGACACAGCUGUGCAGACACCAAUGGAUCAGAUAGGCGUUGUGCCAAGCAUUGAGACGCAAGAUGCCGUUGUCGAUCCCGACUCUGUGCCAGAACCUCCCACAGAAGACUACUUCCCAGCCAUCGAUCGGAAAACAUCAAAGAAAGACAAGAAGAAACAGAAAAAGAUGCCCUCGGCUUGGGUGGAAGCUGACAACCAAGGUUUCUCUGAGUUCCAAGAUGGUGCAGCAAAGGAUCUGGCUGCCGAGAACUCAGCCAGCCAGCCGAAGAAUGAGAGCCAGCUGAUCGAAGACCAUUCGCGCGUUAUGCAGCAUGAGGAAGUACCCAGAGCCUCAUUGGAUAUGAUGGACGUCGAUAAGAGGGAGGAUCCUAUGUUUCGUGACCACGGGGAGAGGAUCCGACAACGAAAAUCUCACAUUUCACGCAGUCCUGAGCCAUACCAAAGUAUUCAGCACGAAAAGUACGAAUCAAGCACACGGCCGGAUCAGGUCGAUCUAACAGAGAGAUCCUUAGCUGCAGACGCGGAAACGAUAUCAGAUAAUGAUCCUAGGCACCUUGUUCAGACAGAGCCACAGUCUAUCAUUGUGGACGACACUAUAGCGCCUCGUCGCACGAAAAGCAAGAACAGCAAGAAGGACAAACGAAUCUUCGAGUUCAACGGUACAGAGAACAUCGAUUCUCCAUCGCUUCCAAAUGACGAGCAACUCUAUGCUCAUCCUGUGGCAAUCCCAAGGGAUGGACAAAUGGUUAGUGUUGCAGAUCGAUCAACUGAGCCAAACAAGACUACCGAUUAUCAGGUGCAUUCUGAUCCAGAAAAUCUCUCUGACGUGAGUGCGAGCACACGAGAAAGACGAAAACGACGCCGUUCACCUCCAGUGUGGGCGGGCGAAGAACCUGAUGAUCUUCCAAGAAAUCGAGCCAUGACACCACCUCCCGAACAUGACGAUUUGAUGGAUACUGCCCUUGGGGUGGCUGCGGGACUGGGAUUUGGGGUGGCAGGGCAUGAAUCAAGUCGAAAUCCUCGCCCCAGGUCGACUUCGCCUGCUCGAAAACAAUCGACAGGCUGGUCCUUCGCCAAACUUGGGACUGUUGCUGACCUUGGCAACACGGAUUCCAACCGAGACAGUGGCGUGCAGUUCGAGUCACCGGUUCUCCCGAUCGACCAUUUCACUUCAACACGAGAUAGUGGAUUCGUUGCUGAACCAUCCGAGCGCUCGAGAGGUGGCAGCACCGAUCGAGGGCUGGAUGUGUCAUUGCGACCGCCUCGGCCACAGUCGCCAACCAGCUCGACGGAAGAUGUGUCGAAGAAGAGACACAGCAAAUCCCGGAAGGAUGAUAUGUCGACACUAGAAACUCCAAGACGACGGCCUUCGCCCGUGGAUUCCACCUCAAAAGAGCGAUCUUCAGUGCUGUUCAACUCUUCACCUGCAGUCCCAACUCCUCUCAAGACCAAUAUCGCCCCGAUAAGUCCAGAACCUGUCUCUAGUCCUCUCAGACGAAGUCCUAGUAUACACGGGCAUCACCAAAGCCGGGAAGAGUUGAAGCAGAAAAGCCGAGUCAGCCCCCACGACCAUGACUUCAACGAUGCACUGGCGUCUAAUUUGAUUGAUCGUUCUGCCAAAGCCGAGGUACAACGAGAUGCUUUUAGCCCAGGACCUGAAGGGUCUGCUCGAUUUGCGGCGCAUAGAAUGUCCUUGAACACAAUCCGAGAAGAUGCCGUGGACUCUUCUGGACCGACCCGGGAUCAACAUCCAUUCACCAGUCCACCAUUUCCUCUCACGCCUCAAGCACGAGGCUCCAAAGACCAUCUUGCCGAAGCAGGACUUGCAGCCGCCGCAGUGGGAGCACUUGGAGUGAGGGCACUUGCUUUAUCAAAGACAAACUCACGUGAUUCCGAGCUGGGACAAGCUAAAUCUCUUGGCAGAAGCAAGUCACGGACCUCGUCGUUACGCAACCUCCGCGCCAGCGCAGCUUCUCCCUACGACGCGAUCAACGCCGCGGCGGGUCCUUCUCACAUUUCCGUCAAUGAUACUGAGCUAGAGGGUCCCGGCUCCCGUACCAGGGACAUGUCUGACGUCUAUGAUGGAUAUGGCUCAUACCCUGGUAGCCCCAGGUCCCCAACGCGUCCUCCUAGUGUCCGAAGGCGACAAAGCAUGCAGCAAAUUAAAGAUCUCGAGAGCCAGCUGGACCAGCUGGCCAGUGAGAACCGUGCGCUUGUCGAGGCCAAGAUGAUGGCUGAACAACAACUCGAGACGGCCCACUUUGAUCGAAGUCGAAGUGAAGGAACAGAUACCAUCUCUGCGCAGCUACAAGAACGUGAUGCGGAGAUCUCGUAUCUCAAAGAGCAAGUGGCGUCUUUGAUGGCGACACAUGAGACACUGCAGCGAGAGCAUGAGCAAACCCUGGCCACGGUUCGAUCGGACUAUGAACAUGACCAAUUACAGUGGGGAGAGUCCGCACGGGAACUCGAAACCCUUCGUUCGCGACAUACAGAAUUGUCUCAAGGCAUGGAGUCGAUUGUCAGACACGAGAUAGACACUGCCUUGGCCGAGAAGAAUGCUGAAAUUGAGCGUUUGCGACAAGAUCUUGAAGAGGCACGAGAAAAAGUGCGGGAACUUCAGUCGCAAAUCGUGGCUGGAGGUGCAGACGAGGUGUUGACUGUCCGGGAUGAGGACUAUUUCGACUCGGCUUGUCAACAACUCUGCCAACAAGUUCAAGGAUGGGUGUUACGAUUCUCCAAAUACAGUGAUACCCGGUUAUGUCGGACUACCAACGAAGUGCGGGACGAAAAGAUCGUGGACCGAUUUGACAAUGCCAUUCUUGAUGGGUCGGAUGUUGACCUGUACUUGGCGGAUCGGGUCAAACGCAGAGAUGUUUUCAUGUCGGUGGUCAUGACAAUGAUCUGGGAGUAUGUCUUUACUCGAUAUCUGUUUGGAAUGGAUCGAGAUCAACGUCAAAAGCUCAAGCAGCUCGAAAAGAACCUGGGAGAAGUGGGACCAGCCAGUGCAGUGCAUCAAUGGCGGGCGUUGACGUUGACGUUGUUGUCGAAAAGGGAGAGUUUCCAGGCGCAACGCGAUAGUGACGCCGAAGCAGUGUCUCUCGAGAUAUUCUCGACGCUGUCGAGGUUCUUGCCUCCACCACAAAACCUGGAGGGACAAAUCGUGGGCAGCUUGCGCAAUGUGAUGCUUACGGCGGUCAACUUGUCAAUUGAGAUGCGGUUGCAGCGGGCGGAGUAUAUCAUGUUACCACCACUCCAGCCCGAAUAUGAUACCAAUGGGGAUCUAGCACGAAAAGUCUACUUCAACGCAAGCUUGAUGAAUGAGCGGAGUGGCGAAACGACGAGUAACGAUGAGCUUGAGAGGAAUCAGGCCGUUGUUCGGAUGGUGCUUUUCCCACUUGUGGUGAAAAAAGGGGAUGACAGCGGAGUCGGAGAUGAGGAAAUCGUGGUAUGCCCUGCGCAGGUUCUGAUCGCACGACCAGACAAGGGAAAGAGACCACGGGGCUCAACGAGAGUGGCCAGCGGCGACAGUAAGAGCCUCCGAGCUGUCAGCACGCAUAGCCUUGGAGCCAUGAGUGGGAUCGAUGUGAAUGAGAAUAUGAUUUGA